CCUCGGUCCUUUAGAAACCCAUAAGCAAUACCCACAAGUCUCAUAUCACUAGCACUUAAAUAAGUAUCCAAGACCUCCCAAUCCCUCUCUAACCCACCAACAAACCCCAGCUCUCCGAGUUGGGGCCGAGGCGAUUCAAUAGACAAAGAACCAUGUUUGAGCUUCUCCUCAACUGGGUCAUCAUUGUCUUUCUCAAUUGAUUUCAAGAACCUGAGAGCUCUGGUAAGGUCCUUCCGCUUCACUGCCUCCUCGUACUCUCGCCACUCUCUCAGAGCUCUUAUUGGGUGGAAGGCCGUUUUGAAGGAAGGUGGAGCGAAUGGAAAGAAAAUUGAGGAGGAGGAAGAGGAAGUGGGGCGUAGGAGAGAAAGCGAGGACAGGUUCUGGGGGCAAGGGAUGAAGCAGAGAUAGUCAUUGCAGAACUAUUUUGCUACGAACUUGAAGAAAAGCAAGGGCUCGUUGAUCGGAUGCUGGAUUUUUUUUUUCUUUUAUUGGUUUUUGACAAAAUGCCAAGUCGCAAUUUGACUUCUUGGGACACCAUGAUAACAUGGCUUCCUCAAAAUGGUCUUGUUGAAGAUGUCCUUGAUUUAUUUAUCCAAUUUAAGAAAGCAGGGUUGAAACAUGAUGGCCAAAUGUUCAUUGGAGUCUUUUCUGCUUGCAGUAUCUUGGGUGAUAUUAAUGAGGGAAUGCUACACUUUGAAUCCAUGAGCAAGGAUUAUGGUAUUAUCACAUCCAUUGAGCACUAUGGAAGUGUGGUUGAAAUGCUGGGUGGUACAGGAUAUCUAGACAAAGCUUUGGAAUUCAUUGAAGAGAUGCCAUUUGAGCCCAGUGUUGAUGUUUUGGAAACUUUGAUGAAUCUCUGCAAAGUUCAUGGACACUUAGAGCUAGGGGAUCGUUGUCUUAUACCAGUGAAAGCCUCUGAUCUUGCAGAGAUAAAGAAAAAGAAGUUGUCUAGUCACAAUCUUUUGACAGUUAAGGGCAGGGUCCAUGAGUAUCGAGCAGUGGAUAGAUCUCACCCUGAGAACCAGGAAGGAAAGGAAGAAGCUCUUCUUGGUCAUAGUGAAACGCUUGCUGUUGUUCAUGGUCUCAUGACUACUGCAGCUCGCUCACUUAUUCGAGUAAUCAAUAAUCUUCGUUUCUGUGGUGAUUGCCAUACUUCAAUGAAGAUCAUUUCAAAGAUUGUUGGCAGACAGCUCAUAAUGCGAGAUGCUAAGAGGUUCCAUCAUUUCCAGGAUGGUCUGUGCUCUUGCAAGGAUUAUUGGAUUUUAUGUGCUGAUGAAAACCUUCUUCAUGCAAAAGUACAGGAUGAUGGAGAAGAGGUAGGUGUUCCUGAGAGCUACCAGCUGUGCAGAAAGAAGAGCACGGUGGAAAGGAUGAAGGGAUCGUUGGUGAGGGUGAAGAGGGUGAUGUGGUUGAUGCUCGGAUCGGCCCUGGAAACUGAGGAGGUUGGUCCGAUGCAGGCUGUCUAAUUAUGUGCAAUAAUCACAUUGUAGGGGGUAUAGUUUAGUGGUAAAAGUGUGAUUGGUUCUAUUACUCUUUUUGACAUGUAAGGGGUCCUUCGGUUUUAUUCCUAAUUUUGAUCAAAACUUUAUUUCUUUUAAAAGGAUUAAAUCCUUUAUCUCUAAAUGAAAGAUUCGAGGAAUAAUAUAAUUCCUGUCAUUUA